AUGGCUGGUGCUCUAGAGAAUGCUAGAAAGGAGUUGAAGCGUGUGUCAUUGGAGGACCACGAUGAGUCCGAGUACGGGGCUAUCUACUCUGUGUCUGGGCCUGUUAUUGUCGCUGAAAAUAUGGUCGGUUGUGCAAUGUACGAGUUGGUCAAAGUCGGGCACGAUAACCUUGUUGGUGAGGUAAUCAGGAUCGAUGGGGAUAAAGCUACCAUCCAAGUGUACGAGGAAACAGCGGGUGUUACCGUGGGCGACCCAGUGUUGAGAACUGGGAAACCUCUGUCUGUAGAAUUGGGGCCGGGUUUGAUGGAAACCAUUUACGAUGGGAUUCAGAGACCUCUGAAGGCAAUCAAGGAUAAGUCCCAAUCGAUCUACAUCCCAAGGGGGAUCGAUGCCCCCGCGUUGAGCAGGGAGAUCAAGUGGCAUUUCACCCCGGGGAAGUUCUCCGUCGGUGACCAUAUCUCCGGUGGGGACAUCUACGGGUCUGUGUUUGAGAACUCGCUGUUGGAUGACCAUAAGAUCCUGCUACCCCCCAGAGCAAGAGGUACAAUCACCUGGAUCGCCCCAGAGGGUGACUACAUCGUCGACGAAAAGAUCUUGGAGGUUGAAUUCGAUGGGGUCACCUCCGACUACUCAAUGAUGCACACUUGGCCAGUAAGAGUGCCAAGACCCGUCGCUGAGAAAUUGGCCGCAGAUUACCCUUUGCUCACGGGCCAACGUGUCCUGGACUCACUGUUCCCCUGUGUACAAGGUGGGACUACCUGUAUCCCUGGUGCAUUCGGUUGUGGGAAAACGGUCAUCUCCCAGUCAUUGUCCAAAUACUCCAAUUCAGACACCAUCAUCUACGUUGGAUGUUUUGAAAGGGGCACAGAGGUGCUCAUGGCAGAUGGAUCAGACAAACCAAUCGAACAGAUCACUCUCGGUGAGAAAGUCAUGGGUAAAGAUGGGUCCCCAAGAACUGUCGUUGGGUUCGCCCCGCGGGUCCGAACGUAUGUUCGCCGUGCAGCCACUAGACGACCACGCCUCGGAGAUGCAGUACACUUGUCAGGGAACCAUAGACUCGUUCUUCGCACGGAACAGAAGAUCCAACUGCGCGAGCAUACCCUCGAGGGGAGAAAGUACACGAAUGUCUCGUACUUUGCCCUUCAGGAAUCCGAGCACGGUCCAGUCGUCAAGAGACUCGCUAAGGCGUUCGACCACAGCGUGCAGGCCGGGUCCAGCGCCGCCGCGCAGGCCUUCGCGCACACAAUCGACACGGCACCCAUCGAGUGGGACGUCCUCGCAAGCGAGUUCGUCAAACUAGGCGACCGCGUCAGAGCUGCCUCCGUGCAAUUGAUCAACCCGGUGUUCUCCGAGUCGCACCACUUGUCCACCAGAAUGCAAGCGCUCGGGUCCGAUGACGCACUUGCCUCAAAGUUGGCCUGGCUGUUGGGUACAUGGGUCGCCGUGGGCGAUGUCAACGCGAGCGAAAGCGCAACCACUUUCUCUUUGUCCGUAGGGACACACGCAGCACUAUUGGACCGUAUUUCCGAAUACGGCAAAGCGCUCGGCUUGUCCACAACCACUGUGGAGAGACAGAACCGCCACUACGUCGACCGCGAGACGGAGGAGGCAGAGGUGGCCAAGAUCAAGACCGGGUCCGUCCAAGAGGACGGUUCUGUCGUCUUCGAGGACGACGUGUGCACCAAGCACGACGGUAACAGUGCGCAAUCGUUGCAGGUCACUAUGGAUAUCGACGAUCUGGCUAUUUCUUUGACCGGCGAAUUGGGAAACAUCCUUGACAGGAUCGUCAAGUCGUUCGGUGUAAGAGUGGCUAAGGAGGGGAACUCGGAUCUGUUCGAGAGAACGGUCCCUAAACAUUUGGCCUCGGAUGACCUUGCCGUACGUGAAAACUUUAUUGCUGGGCUCGUGGACUCCAUCGGGUACGUUGACAGACACUACGGUGGCACUGUGAAGUCUGCGACCAUCCCUGCCCUGGACAUGCACGCCGUGUCCGGAUUCGUCAAGGUGGCCCGUUCCCUAGGUAUCAAGGUGUCCAUUGCUGACAACAACGACGUGGAGAAGCAGUGCGUCACCCUGAGCGGAGACGCGCUUGUCGGGGUCCUAAGCUGCUGUGCGGACAAGAACAAGGCGGACACACCCCGCUCAUUCGCCAGAGAGGCAAUUCCAUUCCACUUCACUUUGAAGGAACAGCGCGAGGACGAGUACUUCGGUAUCACAUUGCCAGAGACAACGGACAACCAGUACCUGCUAUCGUCCUUGGCGCUUGUGCAUAACUGUGGUGAACGUGGUAACGAGAUGGCCGAAGUGCUGAUGGAGUUCCCAGAGCUGUACACGGAGAUCAGCGGGAGGAAGGAACCAAUCAUGAAGCGGACAACGCUUGUUGCAAACACUUCCAACAUGCCCGUCGCCGCCAGAGAGGCGUCCAUCUACACGGGUAUUACACUGGCAGAGUACUUCAGAGACCAAGGUAAGAACGUUUCCAUGAUUGCCGAUUCCUCUUCCAGAUGGGCAGAAGCCCUGAGAGAAAUUUCCGGUCGUUUGGGUGAAAUGCCCGCUGAUCAAGGUUUCCCCGCGUACUUGGGUGCCAAGUUGGCCUCUUUCUACGAGAGAGCAGGGAAGGCCGUCGCGCUUGGGUCCCCAGACCGUAUCGGUUCCGUGUCCAUUGUCGCGGCCGUCUCGCCAGCCGGUGGUGAUUUCUCCGAUCCGGUAACCACAGCAACGCUGGGUAUCACGCAGGUGUUUUGGGGGUUGGACAAGAAGCUUGCGCAGAGGAAACACUUCCCCUCGAUCAACACGUCCGUGUCGUACUCCAAGUAUACCAACGUUUUGAACAAGUUCUACGACCAAAACUACCAGGAGUUCCCCACUUUGAGAGACAGAAUGAAGGAGAUCCUGUCCAACGCUGAGGAGUUGGAACAAGUAGUCCAGCUGGUGGGUAAGUCUGCCCUAUCUGACGGUGACAAGAUUACUCUGGACGUGGCCACUCUGAUCAAGGAGGAUUUCUUGCAGCAGAACGGGUACUCCUCGUACGACGCCUUCUGUCCAAUCUGGAAGACCUUUGACAUGAUGAGAGCGUUCGUGGCGUACCACGACGAGGCGCAGAAGGCCGUCGGGAACGGCGCAAACUGGACGAAGCUAGCCGAGGCCACGAACGACGUGAAGCACGGCGUCUCCUCGUCCAAGUUCUUCGAGCCAAGCAGAGGUGAGACCGAGGUCCACGGUGAGUUUGAGAAAUUGUUGAACAAUAUCCAAGAGAGAUUCGCCGAGUCCACCGACUGA